AUGUCAUCUCAUUCUUCUAUUGGAUUUAUCGGGUUCAGCCCAGAAAAGGCUAAGAUUGCAGAAACGUUGCAAUUGUCUCACUCUAGCGCAAUCCGAGUAUUUGAUGCCUCCUCAAAAAAUGUUGAGCUCAUUGGAGCCGAGCAUCUACAGUGUUCAGACUCACUCCAUCAUGUUGCCCAGCACAGCCAAAUUAUCUGGAUUGAGGAGAAGGACGCAGAAACUUUGAGCGACAUGCUCCUAGGAUCAUCCUCUGGUCUUAUACAUUCAUUGCCCAAAGACGCAUCUCUCAUGCUCGAAUGCCUCGCUCUGCCACAUUACUACCAAGACCUAGCCUCUCGCUUCACUGAAGCUGGUCGGCCUGAUCUCAAGAUCAUUGACUGCUCUGUCGUCGCAUCAAGCACCAGAAGCAGUAACAGUAUGACCAAGAGCGCCAUAUGGAUCUCAGGUUCAGAAGCCGCCAUCGAAAACGUAUCUUUCUUGUCAAAAGCUCACGAUAACGUGCAUUUCAUCUCCGGUGGUCUUGGAUCAGCGAACAAACUACGUUUGACAAGCUAUUUAUUGGAGGCGACGCAUGCUGUCACGGCUGCUGAGGCUACUGGUCUUGCGUCAAAAGCAGGCAUUGACUCUAAUGAGAUAUACAGCAUCAUCAUCAACGCCGCAGGUAAUUCCUCGGCGUAUGAGGAGCUUGUACCUCAUAUGCUACAGGGAAAUUCACAUCUUCAGCCGUCGAUAGAGUCGCUGUUACAUAAAAUUAACAUUGUCACGUCUUCAUCAAAGAGUCUCAACUUCCCUUUACCACUAUGCUCUGCCAGUGAACAAGUCUGCCUGUUCGCCUCCGCCCAGGGAUAUGGCCUCGAACAUGUCUCCAGCCUAGUCAGACUGUUCAAGUCGCAACACCAGAAGGCUACGCCAAUUGACGCAAUUGACAGCCAUGCAAGCAAACGUGCCAUAGACGUCACACCACCAAAAACACCGCCAUCUGUGUCCACAAUUGGCAUGGUUGGCUUAGGGGCAAUGGGCCAAGGGAUGGCGCAGUCCCUUGUAAGGGCCGGCUUCUCUGUGCAAGGCUACGACGUUUGGGCCCCCUCAGUCGAGAAGUUCGCAGCGAGUGGUCCGAGCGGUAUGUCCAUCGCAGCCUCUUCACCAGCCGAUGCUGCCAAGGGCACGUCUGUGCUUAUCCUUAUGGUUCAGAAUGCUGUGCAGGCGUGGGAUGUGCUGUUUGGCAGUGGCAAGGCUGCUGAGGAGCUGUCAGAUGGAGCGACAGUGAUACUCAGCUCAACUGUUCCACCGUCUGAGGCUCGCCGUAUUGGCGAUAAGUUGGAGUCUCUGGGGAGGGGUCUCAGUCUUGUGGAUGUACCUGUCAGCGGAGGUGUUGCUCGUGCAGCAAAGGGUGAUCUCACGAUGAUCUGCUCAGGAACAGGUUCGGCACUUUCAUCCGUUCGUGGCAUAAUUCUAGCCAUGGCAGGCAAAGAGUCCAACAUUUACAACGUCAAAGGCGGAGUCGGCGCAGCAUCUUCAGCCAAGCUCAUCAACCAGCUUCUAGCAGGAGUCCACAUCGCAACGGCAGCAGAGGCACUCGCAUUCGCAUCCCGUCUUGGCCUCGACACACGGCAGGUAUACAACAUCUUCAACGAGUCUCCCGCCUGGAGCUGGAUGUUUCAGAACCGGGCUACGCAGAUGCUCGAUGCCGAUUGGACUCCUCACUCGGCUUUGGCAAUCUUUGUCAAGGACCUUGGUAUUGUUCUGAAUGAAGCCAAGAGGCUGGCUAGCUAUACGCCAAUGUCUGCGGUGGCUCAUACCCUCUAUAUCGAUGGGGCUGCUCGUGGGUGGGCUAGAGAGUCGGAUGCGGGCGUGGUGAGACUCUGGGAGGCUGCUGGAUCAGACGUGAGCAAGAGCGCAUCAGCCAAGGUAUCAACUCCUGUUUCUUCCGAAGACUCCAUGAAACCAUUACCAGCAAAAGCUACAUUGGCCGCCCUCCCUGCCGAGUACACCACCGAUCUGAUCGAGUCAACGAAAGCUCGCGUUGACAGUGGUGCCAUGCCUGUACUCAUCGCUCUCGACGAUGAUCCCACAGGAACUCAGACCUGUAACAACAUCGACGUUCUAGCCGUCUGGGAUGUCGACACUCUCAAGGAGCAAUUCGCAACGGACUGCCGCGGUUUCUUCAUCUUAACCAACAGCAGAGCACUCCCACCCGCCGAAGCAAAAGAGCUUAUUGUCGAGAUCACGACAAACGUGAAAAAGGCCGCUGAGGAAAGUGGCAAGGCCUUCGAGAUAGUCUUGCGCGGCGACUCAACACUGCGCGGUCACUUGCCCGAGGAGCCUGAAGCAGUCGAGCAGGUGCUCGGUAAAUCCAAUGGCUGGAUCUUGGCACCUUUCUUCCGUCAAGGGGGCAGGUUCACCAUUGAUGAUGUUCAUUAUGUGCAAGAAGAUGACCAACUCAUCCCUGCGGCACAGACUGCAUUCGCAAAGGACGCUACGUUCGGGUACAAGAACUCCAACCUUCGGGAGUACAUCCUUGAGAAAUGCAGAUCACGGUUCACGGCAUCAUCGUUCACGUCCAUCACCUUGGAGGAUCUGCGCUGCGGCGGUCCAGCCAAGGUGGAAGAGAAGCUUCUGAGCGGGGAGCGUGGCGCUGACCGUGUCAUCAUUGUCAAUGCUGUUGCGGACUCGGAUAUGAACGUCUUCGUUGCUGGCCUCUUGGCUGCUGAGGAGAAGGGAUACCGUUUCAUCUACCGCACUGCAGCUGCCUUUGUAUCGUCAAGGCUCGGUAUCAAAGAAAUUCCACCUAAGACAUGGGCUGAAGUUUCGCUCAAAGCUGACGUUGACGCACCCAAGACCGGUGGUCUCAUUCUAGCUGGUUCAUACGUACCCAAAACAACAGCGCAGCUCGAGACGUUGCGUGAGCGCAGGGGCGCAGAUCUUGAAGUGAUUGAGCUCGAUGUAGCUCAGAUAAUCGAGUCUGCGGAACAGGAGCAAAGGAUGGUAGACCAUGCUAUCUCCGAGACUACCAGGCUCAUCAGCGCUGGCAAAGAUGUCUUGGUCAUGACUUCACGAACGUUGAUAAAGACCGACGAAGCCAUUUCCUCGCUGAAGAUCGGCUCCAAGGUAGCUGCUGCACUUGUCCGCCUCCUCGUCAACAUACAGGUGCGGCCACGAUAUAUCAUUGCCAAGGGAGGAAUCACAUCCUCGGAUGCAGCCACAAAAGGUCUCAAGAUGAAGAGAGCUCUGGUCGUGGGCCAGGCUGCACCGGGUGUGCCGCUCUGGAGAUGUGAUGAGGAGACAAGUCGGCAUCGGUCUGUGCCAUUUGUUGUCUUCCCUGGCAAUGUUGGUAGCGAGACAACUCUGGCUGAGAUUGUUGAGCAGUGGGCACUUUGA